AGAUGUUGACUAUACUUAUUCCUUCCUCCAUUUUAUAUACAUCAGUUAAAUCCAAAUAUGUACAUCUCAGAAACGUUCAACUCGUUCUCUCUCGUAAGAAUAGGUGCACACACUUUUAAUGUAUACAUAUACAAUGACUUGUCAGUAUCUAUAACUUCUCCAAGGCCAUACAUUUACCGCAUUUAGUCUGUAACAAAUAUGUACAGCUUUAUUCAAGACUUUUACAUAAUUUAAAAGAAAAAGAAAAAAACCUUCCCACGCAGAGGGAAGAAAAAAGCAACCCCAUUUCAUUAAACUCCAUCUUUAUGGUAGUUGUCACCAUGCACGAUUGAAAAAAUAUAUAUGAUGGGUUUAAACAGUCCCACCAUUAUGUUAACUUUGAUAUCAACAUGUUUAGUAGUUGUGCAUGCUAGAGGUUCAUAUCCACCAAUUACUUAUGAUGCCAGAUCUUUGAUCAUCAAUGGAAGCAGGGAGCUACUUUUUUCGGGUUCAAUUCAUUAUCCUCGUACCCAGCCUGAGAUGUGGUCGGAUCUUAUCCACAAGGCGAAAUUGGGAGGCAUUAAUGUUAUCCAAACCUAUAUUUUCUGGAACAUCCACGAACCUAUACAAAACCUGUUCCAUUUUGAAGGCAAUGCUGAUAUUGUUAAAUUUUUUAAAACUAUUAACGAGCAUGGAUUGUGGGCAAGCCUCCGAGUUGGUCCAUAUGUUGCAGCUGAAUGGAAUCAAGGAGGAUUUCCAUAUUGGCUGAGAGAAGUUCCAGAUAUUAUGUUUCGUUCAUAUAAUGAUCCCUUCAUGUUCCACAUGAAAAGAUUUUGCGAGAUGACCAUAAACAUUAUGAGAAAAGAGAACUUGUUUUUACCUCAGGGAGGUCCCAUUAUAUUGUUACAGAUAGAGAAUGAGUAUGGAUCAAUCCAGGCAACUUAUAGAGAAGAUGGUGUAAAAUAUGUUAAAUGGGCAGCUCAGAUGGCCGUGAGUCUGUAUAAUGAAGUCCCCUGGGUUAUGUGCAAGCAACCAAAUGCCCCGCCUGAAGUGAUACAAACUUGCAACGGAAGGCACUGCGCAGAUACAUUUGUUGGGCCUAAUGGUCCUAACAAGCCUAUGAUGUGGACUGAAAAUUGGACUGCACAGUAUCGAGCAUUCGGUGAUCCACCAUCUCAAAGAUCAGCUGAAGAUAUUGCUUACUCAGUUAUUAACUUUUUUGCUAGGGGUGGAUCUUUUGUUAGCUACUACAUGUAUUAUGGUGGGACUAAUUAUGGUAGAAUCAGCUCCUCAUUUGUGACAACUAGAUACUACGAUGAAGCUCCCCUUGAUGAAUUUGGUUUUUUUAGAGAACCGAAAUUUGGUCACCUUCGAGAUGUACAUCGAGCUCUAAAGUUGUCCAAAAAGGCUCUACUUUGGGGAGAAAGAAAGAUUCAAACACUUAAUCAUCAUGUCAAGACAAUUGUUUAUGAGAAGCCUGGAGAUGUAAGCAUGUGUGCUGCUUUUAUCAUAAACAAUAAAACCAAGAUUCCAACCACAGUAAAUUUUAGGGGUGUGGAUGUUUACUUGCCAGCUAAAUCAAUUAGUGUUUUACCUGAUUGUAAGACUGUUGUUUUCAACACUGAAACAGUUACAGCCCAGCACAGCGCGAGAAAUUUUGUCACAGUAAAUACAGACAAAAAUCUAAACUGGGAAUUCUAUCAAGAGCCAAUACCAACCUUUGAAACCUUACCUAUCAAAAAUGUCAUACCGAUUGAACUAUAUUUUUUGACUAAAGAUGUUUCUGACUAUGCAUGGUAUAGUACCAGUGUAAGUUUUGAUCGACGUGAUCUACCAAUGAGGCCCGAUGUGUUGCCGAUUAUGCUUGUUGAAAAUAAUGGUCAUGCCAUGGUUGCUUUUGUUAAUGGAGAACUUGUUGGAUUUGCUCAUGGAAAGUUAGACGAGAAGAAAUUUACGCUAGAGAAACCUAUAAAUCUUAGGCCAGGAAUCAAUCACAUAUCACUAUUGUGCAUGACAUUAGGUAUCCAGAACAGUGGAGCUCACAUGGAGAAUAGGUGGACAGGACCUGAUGCACUUUUUAUCAAAGGUUUGAACACAGGAACACUUGACCUCACCCGUAAUAACUGGGGGCACCAGGUUGGAGUUUCUGGUGAGAAGUUACAAUUGUUUAAAGAGGAGGGGACAAAAAAAGUAAAAUGGACGCCGGACAGAGGACUAGGAACUCCAGCAACAUGGUAUAAGGCAUACUUUGAUACUCCACCGGGAAAUGAUCCUCUUGCUAUUACCAUGGACUCAAUGAAGAAAGGUCAUUGUUGGAUCAAUGGAAAAAGCAUUGGGCGUUAUUGGGCAUCAUUUCUUAGCCCCCUUGGAAAGCCCUCACAGUCUGAGUAUCAUAUACCAAGAGCAUUCUUGAAUCAAAAGAAGAACCUGGUAGUGGUAUUCGAGGAAGUUGGUGGAAUUCCUCAUGAUAUUACAAUCUUAACGGUAAACAGAGACACAAUAUGCAGUUUAUUGAGUGAGAUAACUCCACCUUCAGUUAGAUCAUGGGAGAGGAAAGACAACCAGUUACGACCUGUGGUAGAGGAUAUGAAAGUUGGAGCUCGACUUAUCUGCCCUGAUGGCAAAGUCAUGGAAAAAGUGGAGUUUGCAAGCUUUGGCGACCCUAUUGGUGCCUGCGGAAUGUUUAGUCAAGGGAAAUGUCAUGCUACCAAUAGCCACAAAGUUGUAGAGGAGCGUUGUCUUGGUAAGAUUACAUGUACCAUCCCGCUGGUGAGGGAUGUUUUUGUUGAUAAGGACAAAGAUACUUGUCUCGAAACAUUUAAGGCAUUGGCUGUCCAAGUCAAGUGUGGAUUUGGAGUUGCAAGGAAGUAG